UACGCGUGCUGCGGACGGAGACAGCGCAGACAGCGCAGACAGACAGAAAGAAAAGAAAAGACAGCGCGGUGAUUUUGAAGUGUUUGGAAGGAAAGAGAUUUUGGACAUCAUUUUAAGACGGCUGUUAAAGGAAAAUAAAAAGGAAAAGCGUCUGACAACUUGGUACAGUAAACAAAACGUUUUUUUUUUACCUGGAACUUUGUUUUUUUUUUUUUUUUUUAAUAGCUUGUUAAUAUUUACGGAACACACACACGAGAUGUUUGGACAUUGUGCGCUGUAAAGUGUAUCUUUAUCUAGCCUAGAAAUAUAUGACUAUAUUUAAACUAGACUGAAGCUCUGCUCUCUAAAUGUGUCACAUAUCCACCAAAAUGGAGCAACCGUUUUAUCAUGACGACUCGUUUCUCUCUGCUUAUGGCACUCCAGACGCCGUGGCCCUGCGCGACUACAAGCUCCUAAAGCAGAGCAUGAGCGCCGGCUUUGUCGAGCCGUACCGCAGCUUCAAGAACGACUUCUACCUGGCCGGGAGCGCAGACGCCGCCGGUACACUCAAACUCGCCGCUCCGGAGCUGGAGCGCCUGAUCUCGCAGAGCGGCGGAGGCGUGAUCACGAGCCCGACCCCAGGUCAGUUCCACCCGUACAGUCGCUCCACCACUGAGGAGCAGGAAGGCUUCGCGGACGGAUUCGUCAAAGCCCUGGACGAGCUGCACAAGAUGAACCAGGUGGCACCGCCGAACGUGUCCCUCGGCGCCGGAGGAGUUCCCCCGGCCUUGCAGUCCGACACGCCCGUGUACGCCACACUGAACAGCUGCAGCCCAAACACUAGCCUCCAGCAGCCCGCUGCACCUGGCGCCACCUACCCCAGCGCCACCAUCAGCUACCUGCCUCACCAUCAUCAGUACCUCCACCACCACCAGCAGCAGCCUCAGCAUCACCAGCAUCACCACGCGUUCCAGACCGCGCUGCACGCGCCCAGGCUCUCGGCGCUCAAAGAGGAGCCGCAGAUCGUCCCCGACGUGCACUCCGCCUGCGCGGACGGCUCGCCGCCGACGUCGCCGGUCGACCUCGAGGACCAGGAGCGCGUGAAGGCGGAGCGCAAGCGCCUGCGCAACCGGCUCGCGGCCACCAAGUGCAGGCGGCGGAAGCUGGAGCGCAUCUCGCGGCUGGAGGACAAGGUGAAGGUGCUGAAGUCGGACAACGCCGGGCUGUCCAACACCGCGUCCGUGCUGCGGGAACAGGUCGCGCAGCUCAAGCAGAAAGUCAUGACGCAUGUGAGCAGCGGGUGCCAGCUGAUGCUCACGCCAAAGAUCAAGUCGUACUGAGAAGUUUGACAGACUCAUGGACACAAUGUAUUGUUGUUGUUUUUUUAAAUAUGUAUAAAAAAAAAAAAAAAAGGGGGAAACACUGGAAAACGUAUUGAUGAUUACAUUGCAGCACUUAACGAAUUCGAGCGUAUGUUUCUUGUAGAAAACUUUUGAACGUGUUGCUGUAUGUGUGUGUAUGUGUGCUUUGUUUUAGGCAUUUCCUUUAUAAACAUGUUGCUCUUAAGGUACCAGAUAAAAAUGCACACGAGAAAAGAAAAAUGAAAGGACUGUCAGGGACUGUCAGCAACACUUCAUCAUCUUUGUGCGAGUGAUAUCCUAUGAAUACAUCCAGAUAAGUUAUUUUCACUGUUUACGUCUGAUUUAUUCCGGACAAAUCAUGUAAAUGUAAAUGCUUUUUUUUUUGUAUUUAAGUAAAACACUGUUUAAAAAAAAAACUCUUUUUGAGAAACAU